GCCGAAGUCCCCAGCCGCGCGUGCGCUAAACACGCGCCACAGACACACGCCACGGCUUGGCAUCACUACUCUCCUCCGCCACCAGCGUGAGGCGUUGAGCGCGGAACCAGCGCGAGCUGCAAAAGUAACAAAAAGGCCUCCUGGGCCGCCGGCCUCGCUGGCGGCGCGCGCCGUCGCAGCGGUAAGCAAGUGACACGCAAACGACGCGAUGAACUUCGAGGGCGCGCCGGUCUGCCGCAUCGUCGCCUGCGGCGGCCUCGCCUCGGCCUUCUUCCUCCCCGCGAGCGCGAAGGCCCGACUAGCAUUGGACCUCGGCGCCGUACUGGCACGAGGAGAAUGGUUGCGACUGAUCAGCCACCACUGGGUCUUUGAUGGAUUGGGCGAGGCGGCGCUGGGAAGCAUCGCGCUGUUUCGAUUCCGGCGCUUCGAGAGAUAUCUCGGGUCUAGAAAAUUCUGCGGUUUUGUGUUGAGCACAUCUGCGAUCACCACGCUACUAGUAGUGGGCGGCGCCACCCUCUUUCCCAGGUUCAUCAAAGCGCCGGCGUCGGGGCCCUACGCAUUGAUAUUUGGAUUGUACGCGCUCUUCUACGACAUGAUCCCCGUGGCGCAGCCGAAGCUGAUGCGCGUGCUAGGUAUCACGCUCUCGGACAAGUCGCUCAUGUAUCUGGUGGGCGCGCAGCUCUUCGUCUGCCAAGGUUCUAGGUCGGGCGUGCCCGCGGCGUGCGGUUUAUUGGCGGGCUUCCUCUACCUGUCCGACACGGUGCCCCUGCUGCGACGGUUGGCGCUGCCCAAAUUCCUGGAGCCGCUCUUCGCGCCGCGCCGGCGGCCGCCUCCUCGACAAAUGCCUGUCGACGACGACCCGCCGCCGCGCUCCGUGCCGCCGCCGGCCGAAGACCGCUUCCAGCAGGUCCAGCCGUCCGACGACCACGUCGCUUCUUUGGUGUCGAUGGGCUUCGACCGGGACCGCGCCUUCGCGGCGCUCCUGGCGUGCCACGACGACGUCGCCGCGGCCGCGGACCGGCUGCUGCAGGGCUAGUGGCGCCUGUCCUCCGCCGCCCCAUUUGUUUGAGACAUUAACAUAACUAAGUGAACUAACACCGCC